AUGUCGACUCCAAGACCAUCGCGUGGCAGAGCAAAGCGCACUUCUGUUACUCCAACUCGGCAAUCACCAAGGAAAGUACGGCGAGUGCAGUCUUGUCUAAACGCAGUCAAUAGACACUUUGUAGCUACGGUUCCUAUCCUUGAAGUUACUCUACGGUUCGACGAAGAUGAAUACGACGUGUGGCGAAGGCAGGAUACGGAUGAAGUCAAUUUGUAUUAUUUGUUACGUAUUAAAUAUCCUAAAGAUGCAGACGAAGCAACAUGGCAACAUGAACUGGAAAAGUUGAAGAAAGAAAUUGGUCAAGUGCGAGUCGUGAAUGAAGGAUGGUUUGAGGGCGUAUGGAUUUCACUGGAGAAAGCAAAAGAAAUAGCUCGCAGAUAUGAUAUAUACGACCUCGUUGCAGAACUCUUAGAGACAGAGAACAGUUGGUUUGACUCGCCAAAAAAUAAACCAAAAGUCAAGCCCGUAUACACGACGGACAAGGACUCUCAAGAUACUCAAAACGCAAUACCUCCAUCGGAUCCGAUCAUACCCAAUGGUGAAUCUCCACCCAAUAAAAAUUACGAGAAAAAACCAUGCUCUCAUCGAACAGUGACAGAACAAUCCGACGCAUCAGAUCAAUCAGAAUAUAAAACCCAAAUCACAAUACUUAAAAAAAAACUAGACGAGUCAGAGCAGUUUCUACAACCAUCACAAUCAAAGAAGAGGAGACUAUAUUGGACGGCAGGUGGGUUUGCGGUAGGGGCAGUUGCCGCGACAGCAGUUGGACUGCUUGCCGGUGAGGAUAUGAGGGAGGUAUUGAACGGAUUGAGCGAGGGUGUUAGUGGAAUGGUCAACUUUUGA